AUGAGGCGCCGGCCGAGCACCGCGCUCGCCCUGCUGUGCCUCUCCGCCCUCCUGGCCGCCGCCGCCGCCUCCGCGCUGCCGCCUUCCAGCACCGCGCCGCCCUCGGAGCCCGGCAGCGGCAGCGGCGGCCCCGCUGAGGGCAGCCCGGGUACGGUGCCGCCCGCACGGCCCCGAGGCACCGCCGCCGCGCCCGCCCGGGGCAGCCCCGCACCGCCGCCGCCCGCGGAGGAGGUGCGGGAGGAGGAGGAGGAGGAGGAGGAGGAGGCGGUGGCGGAGGAGGAAGAAGAGGAGAAGGAGGAGGAGGAGGAGGUGGAGGAGGCGGCGGCAGGCAGCGGCCCCGCAGGAGAUCUGUGCAACUGCAGCUCCGUGGGCAGUGCUGGUGUGUCCGAAUGCAACCGCACGACGGGGCAGUGCCGGUGCCUGGCCGGGUACGCGGGGCUGCGCUGCGAGAGCUGCGCCCACGGAUUCUACCUGGAGCAGGACACCCAGCGGUGCCAGCCCUGUGCCUGCAGCCCCACGGGAUCCAGCAGUGCCCAGUGUGACCACUCUGGGAAGUGCCAGUGUAAGGUUGGUGUCACGGCCCUGAAGUGUGACCAGUGCAGUGACGGAUAUUACAGGUUUAACGAGACCACGUGUGAGCCCUGUCGGUGCAACAACCACUCCCAGACCUGCGACAGCUCAACAGGCACCUGCCUGAACUGCCAGGAGAACACCGAGGGGGACCACUGUGAGCUCUGCAAGGAGGGUUUCUACCGCAGUGCCCAUCCUGUCCACACCUGCAAGCGCUGCCCCUGCUCCACCGUGGCAUCCACCGGCACCUGCCGCAUACAGCCUGGUGAGACCGUGCCGAGGUGUGACCGGUGCAGAACGGGCUACACGGGCCUCAACUGCAACCAGUGUGACCAGGGCUACUACAACUCGGACAGCAUCUGCGUGAGGUGCUGGUGCAACGGGAACGUGGACCCGGCGCGCUCCCCCAGCGUGUGCCGGCCCGACAGCGGGGAGUGCAUCGGCUGCCUCUACCACACCACCGGCUUCCACUGCGAGCGCUGCCAGGAGGGAUACACCCGGGACCCCGAGGGCAACAACUGCACCAGGAAAGAAGCCACUCCCAGCCCAGAAACAAGGGAGUUCACAACUUCUGCUCCAAAUGCCACCAAGGCAACAUCAUUUUCCACGGCAGUGCUGAACAGUACGUUGUCACCAACAACUCUACAGACGAUAUUUCCUGUCAGCUCCUCUGACAACAGCACCUCUGCCUUCGCAGACGUGUCGUGGACUCAGUUCAACAUCAUUAUCUUGACAGUGAUCAUCAUCGUUGUGGUCCUGCUGAUGGGAUUUGUGGGUGCCGUCUACAUGUACCGUGAGUACCAGAACCGAAAACUGAACGCCCCUUUUUGGACCAUUGAGCUCAAGGAGGACAACAUCAGCUUCAGCAGCUACCACGACAGCAUUCCCAACGCCGACGUGUCGGGGCUGCUGGAAGACGACGGGAAUGAAGUGGCACCGAACGGACAGCUAACGCUGACAACUCCCAUGCAUAAUUAUAAAGCUUAGGAGAGAUCCAGCUAUUCCAAAGUUGGCUUCAAAAAGCUACAGGGCUUGUGGAAGGGGUAUCAGGAUCCGUGCCAAGGCUCCAGGCAGAGGAAUUCGCUCUUCAGAUACUCUAAUGCUGGGCGUGCUGUAGCUUGCAGGUGAACAGAGGGCAGUGUGGUACAUCCGAAUUCCAGGUAACGUGGGGAAAUGCAUUCAGUGUCCCGUUCUCCAUAAAGAUCCAUAGAAUUCACUGUUGUCAAACACUUGAUUGUGCUGAUCUGAAAACAUUUUGUUAUGAAGAGGUGGUGGGGUGGAGAGAGCAGAACCCCCCCUGAGGAAUCAGAAGCUACUUGGUUUCCAGCCAACCCAACACUUGUGUCUGCAUCCUUUAGUUUGAGAAGUAGCUCAUGAAUUAACAGUGGAAUAUCAGGAAACAAACCUUUUGGAAGGGCAUCAUUUUGGUUCCUGAUAGAAAUUUGUUUGAAAGGAGGACAAAAAAAAAAGGGAAAUAAUUGUUCACUGUGCUACCAAAAGGCAAGUAGAGGAGUGAGUUGCACACUUGAAAAGAAGUCACCAUUAUUUGUUUCCAGUAAGCGGGGAAACAGGAAAAAAAAUCAUGAGAACAUUUGAAUUAGGGAAGAGACUAAGCUUUUCCCUUUCUGAGUAUUUAUACAGGGUGAUGAUGCUAUUAAAACAUAGCAAUCCAGUUUUUUCUAGAAGGAGUUAAUGAACUUGUAUAGUUUCUGUGCAAGGGAAGACGACAAGACAUCUCAGGGUUGCCGUGUAAAAAUAAAAGCCAGGCUUAAUACCCUACCCUGAUAGAAAUGGUGUGUUCUGUAUAUAAAAUGUAAUAUAUCUUCUUGGAAUUGUAUUUGUAAUUAUUUGUAAAAAAGACAACCAACCAACCAACCAAAAAAAAACCCCAACAACAAAACCAUGAACCCCUUCCUCAACCUCCCCUACUCCCCAGGUCAUGUUUUAUCCUCUAGAUUUUAAUUGUACAGAGGUUAGUGGCGUUGCUAAAAAAAAACAGAAACAAAAACAAAACACGAGGAUUGUUUAAAAUACUGUAAAUGAGAUGGCAAUAUUGUUGGAGCUGGGCCUCUGGCAAACAACGACUGCUUAAAGCUUUUCUUCUAGUGUCAUUGAAUAACUUUCUUUUUUAGAGAAAUUGUGAGUGCUCCCUACUUGCAUCUGUCAAAUUUUGCCAUUCCUUUAAAUAUAGAGUGAAUACCAGUGUUGCCAUGACUAGGGCCGAGUAGGUGUCCAAAAAGCGGAUGUACCAAUCUGUUGUUUGCUUUUAAGUCUCUAUCCAAAAUGCAAAUUCACUGUCACGAACACACUGAGAGCCUGGUCUCCAUGGCUGAGGUUCUCUGAAGCAGCUGCUCAUCGGGUGAAGGGUUCCCUUUGCCAUCUCCGAUGGGGCAGGUGUGCCAGAGGGCUGAGCACAGCCUCCUGGCCUCUCGAGGGGCAAAAGCAAAGGUCUCCUGGAUUUGGGUGGAAACAGCUUUGAGAUGAAGAGCUCACAGGGGGCAGAUCUGCACUUCAGGGCUCCACAGGUAAAAGUGCACCAAUGGUGAUUUCAGGAAUUCAACGAAGCCCCAAGGUGGUGGGGGGGAAUCAGCUGUCAAACAAACCUGCAGGGAACAGGUUUCAGAGAGUCCCCUGAUUUCUGUGGGAGGCUGGUGGGCUGUUUGCAGAGGGAGAACAACAAACAGGCAGCACAGCACAGGGAGGUCACACCAGGGAGCUCUUCAAGUUGGUCCCUGCAGCCUGUGAGCCUCAAGACGGGGUCCCACGCCUGGAAAUCAACCCACUGCAUUGAAACAGGGCGUGCAACAAAUAUUUCACCUCGCUCCUGCCCAACCCCAGAGCUGCAGCUGUGUUGCUGUGCGUGUUCACCAGCAGUUAAUGGUGAGGGUCACUUUAAGCAGCUGCUAAAGGUCAGCAGGCUGAUGCAUCCUCAGAGCCAGGAAAAAGUGGGUGUUUCUCCAGGUGAAAAAUGGUAGGGAGAACAUGGUGGUUAUUUGUUUGCUUGCUGGUGCUGCAUGGGGGCUUUUCUUAUCUUUGGAGGCUUGGGGGGGGGGGGAAAUAGGUGCUUUAAACACAUGCACAAAGAUGCCAUUUCUGCCUCAAAAUUUGAAUUGAAUAUGAGGCACAGCAAGGCAGGAGGGAAAUAGUUGAGGUUGACCAAGGGAAAUGGUGAGGGCAGAGUGUGGAAUUGCAUAUAGGCCCAAUGGAAAAGCUGCUGUUGCCUGCUGUGGGCCUGGGUGAGGUCCUAUAGUUUAGGUAAUAAAUCUGGUUGAUGUCAUUCAUAAAAGGGUUACUUUUAGUUAUAAAGUGGGGGAGGACUGGAGGAGAAAAUCUGAAUAUUGCUAAUCCUGGAGUUACUCACCGAACUCUUGAAGAGCAGAGUGGUGCUGAAAUAGAAAAUUUCCUCAAAAUUAUAAUUAUGUAGCAGUGGUAAUCUAGUGAUACACUUGCACUUGGUCACUUCAUAGGGUGGGGUAAGGUGAUUUUAGGAAGUGUUAGUUUUGGGGACUGAUACUGGAGGGCAAAGUGAAGGACAGACCGUUCACUUUAAUGUUUCUAGAAUACUUUAGUAGAUCUUUUAAUCUCUUGCCACAAAACACCUCUUUUCAAAUUUUGGUAUGACUGGGCUGCUUUGUAACAGGAACAGACUUGGAUUUUUGUCUCGCUGUGGAAAUGAGGACCAUCUGCUCAAGCAAAGCGUGGGCUCAGGUGCUGAGCCCUCCUAGUCCCUGCCUGCCACAGCACAGGAGGUGUUGGCACCUGGGCUGCUUCUGACCUCCAGAGUGCUCCAAACACUCUGUGUAUGGGCAGAUGGGGAGGUCAGGAUGCAAAGGGGGGGUGGUACAGCUGUUGUCUGUGGGUUGCACAUCUGGAUGAAGGGAUGUAGACGGCCUGGCAGAUGUGAUGGGAAGCCUGGGUGGGCAGGAGGGACCUGUCUGCCCAGGCUUGGAUGGCAGAGGAAGGCACAGGAUGUCCUUUAGCAGGGCACAGCGAGGAUGUGGCACUGGCACAAGGCUUGUCAGGUGGCAGAAUGACUCAGCAGGGGCCCACCAGCCACCUCCUGCCACCCAGGCCUUGGCACACGAGAACAACGGUUAGAGGAGGAGAUCGAUGCCUCAGCAAGGAAGGAAUAAACAGCUUUGUGUUUGGCUUUGGUGAUGUGAGACCAGAUCCUCCGUGCUCUCAUCAAUCAUGCAGCUUCCCCUGGUACCACAGAGGGGAGGAAGAGGCUGAGCUAGUUCUGCUUCCAGUCAGCUCUGACUGGAGACAGUGCAGAGCUCAAACACCUAUGCUGGGUAACGAAGGUCACCAGGACCAUGACCUGUGUCAUUGCUUGUCAUGAGGCUUCCCAAGUGCUCAGGCCACGCUGGGGUAAGGGCAGGUAAACCAGAAAUGGACUCUCAGGGCUUCUUUGAGGCCCAGCUCAGCAGCCAGCGAGGCAGGGGGAGGCAUCUUGUAGGGCUGAGGUGGCAGUACAUGUACAUGUGGCAUUCCUGAGAGGCCACCGGGCAGCACCUUCUGCAAGGGGGGCAGUGGUGAGGAUGUCCCAGACAACGGGGUCAUGGCAUGGGACAGCAGCUGCAGAGCUCAGAGGUGGCACAACAGGGCAGGGGAGGCUGGAUGGGUGCGGAAAACCACCUCAAGACACGAUCCUUGGGGUCAUGAGGGCCGGGCUGGUCCGUUUGGGGUGAGCCCAGUCCCACAGUAAAGGCAAGAGGCCAGACUGGAGCAGGUAAAGGGCACAAAGGUGUGUCAGGCAUGGGGGCAGGCUGGGAGAGCAUUUGGUGUGCACAGAGCGCAGCAGACGUGCAAGAAGGGGUUGGGUUAAUGAGAAUAGAUGAUCUCGAGUCUUGUGAACCACCGUGGCUGGAAAUAGCUGCGAGGAGCGCUGGCCCUGGGGAGCUGUCAGGAGAUGUCAGCCCCUGGAAUGGUAAUUCCCUUCGACCAGGCUGAGCAGACUUAGCACACUGGACGCAUUUAGGAAAGAGGAGGGGAUGUAUUGAGCUUCCUUCAGGUAUCCUGGGCCAGUUAACCACUGCUGUGCAGCAUUGUUACCUUCAGUGUUACAGGCAAUGUAAACGUGGCAGGAAGUUUGCACAGUCUCCUUUAAAUAAAGGAUAUAAAAAUACUUUUCUCUUUAAGGUGAAGUUUUAGAAUGAGCUCCCACAGGACUCUGCUCUUUGUGUGUCAGAGGAAUGGAUUAAAAUAAGAAAAAUGUGGGCCUUAAAAAUUGUACUUGCUCCCAACUGAAACCCAUCAGUCUCACUACACGUCCAAACACGGCGUCUCCCAAGCAUAUGCUAUGCUUACAAAUGCAUUUCUAAAAAGAAAAAAAAAAAGUGUAUGAUUUGAAUAUAUGUCAGAAUUUAUACAGAAGAAUGUUAUUUAAAAUGAAUAAAAAUAAAUGUAUAUAAUUUGUAUCUA